AUGACUUCAUCCACGAACACAACAGCUGCUGUAUUAGCUGCCUCAACACCUGUUCAGCAUGAAGCAACAGAUUUGCAUGAUACAUACAAAGCGGCAAAUGAUUUGCUGGAAUAUUUGUACGACUCGUACAACGGUUUUCACAACUGCGCUGACGAUAUAAAAGAUACAACGUUGAAAUCAUUGUUUGCUCAAAUUGCUUCAACCAGACAUGAAAUGAUUUCGGAAUUAACAAGAUCUAUACAACAGUUGGGACAAGGCGAGCCAACAAAAUCAGGUUCAACGGCAGCCAAACUUCAUCGUGGUCUGAUUGAUUUCAAAGCACUGUUUACUGGUGGCAAGGAUAACUCGACAAUUAUCAAAGAAGUCCAUCGUGGUGAAUCAUACACAAUUGAAAAGUAUCAAGAAGUGUUGGAUAGAAAAGCUUUGACCCCUGAUCUCCGAACACUGUUACAACAACAACUUCAAAAGAUCAAAGAUCAAAACAAAGCUGUUGAAGCAAUGCGUUCAAUCAUCGAUCAGGAUGCGCUCUACGAUGCUUUGUCCAAUGGGCAAAUUCACGCUGCUGGCUUGGAUGUGACAGUGCCUGAACCUUUACCACCAACAGAUAAAUUAUUGACACUGAAAAAUUGUUUGAUAUUACCACAUAUUGGCAGUGCUGAUGUAACAACACGAAACAAAAUGAUACAAGUUGCCAUUGAUAAUCUGCGCAAUUAUUUUGAAAAUAAACCCAUGAGAUCGAAUCUGGAAAUCGAUAUGAAUUGGUUUGUACAACCGAAGCUGGAUUGGUCAGAUAUCGAAUGGGAGAUAUAA